GUCAACAGGCGGCUCGCUGAGCGCACGCGCCCGCGGGACACAGCCACCACCACCACCGACCUUCCCGACGCGAGACCCGGACUUUUCUAACGCGCUCGCCCUCCUUCACUUUCCGCUUGGGAUGUAACUGAAGUGCGCGCGGACGGAGCUGUUUCCCAACUUUCAUCUCAGUUCAAGACGAUGGCGGAAGCGGCGCAGCAGCAACACCUGGUGGAGAUCGACCCGGAUUUCGAGCCUCUCUCGCGACCGCGCUCCUGCACUUGGCCCCUGCCGCGGCCGGAGUUCAGCAACCCGGGGGACUCCAACACCUCCUCGCCGGUGCCGUCCGUCAAGCAGGAGCCGUCCACCGGCAACGUCGACUACAUCAGCAGCCUCAGCCUGCUGGAGGAGAACGAGGACUUCCCGGAGGAGAAGCCGCUGAUCCUGUGCGGGGACUUCCAGUGCCGGGAUGAGUGCGUCCACCAGCGGGCUCCGCAGCGGCCGCCGCUCCAGCAGCAGCAGCAGCAGCAUCACCCGCAGCCGCCGCCGCCGCCGCAACAGCAGCAGCAGGUGCCGCUGCUCUCCUCCCCGGUGGGCUCGGCGGCUGCCGCCCAGAGGAAGAGCAGCUCCUCCCGCAGGAACGCCUGGGGGAACAUGUCCUACGCGGACCUCAUCACCAAAGCGAUCGAAAGCUCCCCGGAGAACCGCUUAACACUGUCUCAGAUUUACGACUGGAUGGUGAAGAGCGUCCCCUACUUUAAGGACAAAGGAGACAGCAACAGCUCCGCGGGCUGGAAGAACUCGAUCCGACACAACUUGUCGCUGCACAGCCGGUUCGUCCGGGUCCAGAACGAGGGGACCGGCAAGAGCUCCUGGUGGAUGCUGAACCCGGAGGGUGGCAAGAGCGGGAAGUCUCCACGCCGCCGAGCCGCGUCCAUGGACAACAACAGCAAGUUCGCCAAGAGCAGAGGACGAGCCGCCAAGAAGAAGCUGUCCCUGCAGGGGGGACCUGACGGGGGCGCCGACAGUCCCGGCUCGUACUCCAAGUGGCCCGGCAGCCCCAACUCCCACAGCAACGAUGACUUUGACACCUGGAGCAGGCCUCGCGCCGGCUCCAACGCCAGCACCUUGAGCGGCCGGCUGUCGCCCUUCAUGCCCGAGGACGACCUUGGAGAAGCGGAGGUGCACAUGGGUUACCCUGGAGCGCCCGGCUCCAAGAUGACCGCUACCCUACCGAGCCUUACGGAAAUGACCAGCUCUUUGGGACACAGCUCGGAGAACGUCAUGGAGAACCUUCUGGACAACCUGAACUUACUCUCGCCUAACAACUCCCAGGUGGGCGGAGGGGCCACGACUCCCGGCUCCUCCCAGUCGUCCCCUUCUUCCAUGAUGCAGCCGAGCCCAGGGUACCCGCCCUACAGCUCCCCGAGUAUGGUCCCGCAGCCUCAACAAGAAUACCGCAAGUGCGUCUACGGGCAGGCGGGAAUGAACGCCUUGGCGUCAAUGCCGCUGCAGACGCUGCCGGAGAGCAAACCGGCUUACGGACCCGGCAUGAAUCAGUACAGCUGCCCCGCCGCGCUCCUGAAGGAGCUGCUGACGUCAGACACGGACCAGCACCCCGAGCUCAUGCCACCGGUGGAUUCCGUAGUUUCUCAGACGGGCUGCAUGCUGCCGCCGUACAGCCGAGGCCAGCAUCCCGCCAAACUCAUGGCCGGAGGUAACGGUCACCCCCACAGCCUCGCCCACAGUCACCCCCACAGCGUGCACCCUCAAGGCUUGUCCCACCCUCCGGCGAUGAACGGCCGCCUGCUGAUGUCCCUAAACCACAGCGGGGUGCCGCCGCGUCUGCCUGGGACCAAAAACCCCAUGCAGAUGCCCUACGGCCUCUCGAACCACCUCGGUGGAGGAAUGUCCAGCAACUACUGCCCGCUCAACACCAACGGCUACGGAAGACCCGGCCCGCCGCCAGCCUCUCACCCGGAGAAGCUCCCCAGCGACCUGGACGACAUGUCCAUCGAGAAGUUCGAGUUCGACAUGGAGACGGUCCUCCAUGACACGCUGAUGGACGGGGACUCACUGGACUUCAACUUUGACCCCACAGUGGCCCAGCAGGGGUUCCCCCACGGGGUCAAGACCACCACACACAGCUGGGUGUCCGGGUAGAGACUGUAAAUAUGUGUUUUUUUCCUUUGGUUGCUUAAAAAUCAUAAGUUAUUUGAAGAUGCCUAAAUCGUCAACGUUCAGACCCUGGACCGUCAACAUUUCUUUUCGAAAGUACUUUUUGGACAAAGGAUUGAAUUUUAUAAACGGAUUUAUUUUAUAUUGUCGUUUACUUCUCCACAAGUGCCAAACAGUUCUGCCUUAACUGGAGCCGUCUCAGGCUGCACCCACACUGCCUGGUUGUGCUACGUGUUAGCGUCGGAGGCUGACUGGAAAUCUGCUCUGCUUUCACCAGCAGGAGCUUUCAUCUGUUAAAAUAGAAUAAAAUCAAAUACUUUAGCUUAGCAUUAUGAUCACGCCAGUGGCAGUCAUCUUGUUUAUAUACAUAUAAGAUACUGUUUAGAAUAUCUGCAUUACAGAUUUCCCGAUGAUUUACUAAAAACUUUCCAGAUCAAUUUUGAACGUAUGAUGCAAUAAAGGGCUGGACAUCCUUAUAUGGCCAUAGAUUUGCCAUGAAGCAGCGUUAAUUUCUCACAGCAAUGUCUCUCACCUGCUUCUGCACCGUCGCAGAAGCUAGCUUCCCGUCCGCCAAAGCUAACCUGUGCUUCGUAGCUCAGUACAGGCAGUCACCGACCUGUUUGGCUCUAGGUCCAGUCGUGAAUCGAUUUGGUUGGCUGCCUUCAAGUUACCGCCAGCAUGUUACGGGGUUUACACUGCUAGCGCAUUAGCUGCUGUUGUUAGCGUCGCUGGCAUGAGUGUGGUCAGGGGUGGUCAUGAGAUGGGUCCUUAGUUGAAGAGGCUGUAAAUCAAAGGCCGUCUCUUUCCAGAUUUAAUCUGGAUGUCAGAAGUAAGUUAGAGUUUGUGAAGCCUUUCCUAAUGGACCUUUCAUGGACGCCACAAGUCGCUUCGGAUUCUCCGAACUGCGGCGUCAGAAUCUCCUAUCACACGGAGAGCUCAGAUUUCCGUGUCCGAACUGUUUGUCGUGGUCAUUUCCAGAGCAGCACGAGUGUGGAUGCAGCCUGAUGAAAGAUAUGGCAACGACAGAAAUGCCCAGCUGUUUUUUUUUCUGCGAUCGGAAUCACAAUUGUUCCAAUUAUGAGGCUGAUCCAGUCAGCGGGCGCCAGGCGACUGACCCUCCCGGGGAGGGAGGCGACCUCAUGCCACCCGUCUGAUCAUCACGUCUGCUGGUGUCGUUUUGCUUUCCAAGACUUCAUGUUUACACAGCGAAGGCGGCCGAACCAUCAGGCUGCAAAACACCGCCAGCUUUCCUCCUGUACAUACGAAUGUAAAUGACUUAAAUUAUGUAGUUGGUGUCGACUAGUUUAGCUUCUGUUGCAGAGGUAAAUUAUUUGUGGUCACUCUGAACCUUAAUGAAAACCACCGAGGCCUGACUCCUGUCAGUCGUGAAGGAUUUUUACCUGUAAAUGUGUCGAGUUUGUUUCAUUCCGUCGCUUCUGUGAACUCGUAAGAGGCAAGUGUCCCAGUCUCACUUCCUUUUCUGUCUCAAGUGCGUUUGGGUUCCCCCUCACCGGCCCUCAGGGGGCGCCGAGGAUUCGGCUCGUCCAGUCAACGCGCGUGUUCCACUCAGGGUAACGCUGUUUUACUGGUUUAUUCGGGCAUAUAAUAAAGACCGUUUUUAGUUUCACUUUCAUUCAAAACUUGUAUUCUAACAAGCUAAUGAACACAAACCUGAUAAUAAUGAAAAUUGACUGACGCCUUCUUUGACCCAACUCUCCCUUUACAUUGUUUACACGCCGAAAAAUGGCCGCCGAGUGUUUGGUUCCUUGCCGAGCUUGUAUAUUCGCUUCUCCGAACUUAAAUUUACGGUGUGUUGAAACUACCUAGUUAAGAUCCCAACACCACGUUUGAUUCGCAGCUAAAGAACAGGGAAUGUAUGAAGUGUAAAUAGUUAAUAUUGAAGAUAAAAUAUUGUCGGACAUGACUUCAAGAUCAUGUCGCGACUUCAGAGAACUAUUAUAUUCAAGUCAAAUAAAUAUAUUUGUAUCUCAAAAGCUCCCUAUAUGGUUGCUGUUGUAACAAGUCUUGUUGUUGGAUCUGUUUUUCAACGACACUCCCGUUAGCUUCCGCGUCGCUACAUAGUUAGCUCUCGGUCUCGUCCGCUGUUUGCUUAUCCACUUCAGUGGCUCAAAAUAAAUGUGAAUGAAGCCUGAAAACGUUUUACAAACUGGUCUUGACUGACAUCAAGAUUCAUAGUCGCGAUUCGCUGUAGAGCUUGAGGCUUUGUUUACGUCAUGUUUCGCUCGCCUGCAUUCUUCUUUUGUAAUUCCCUCCAAAAAAGAUGUAGUUUUGCUCCCUACUCAACUUUUCUCAACAGGAUUGUCAUAUUAAAUUUUUAGUACCAUAAAACUAAAGAUUAUAUGGAAUUAAUUUAGUAACAAAACUAGCCGCACAAUGACAUGAUUCUUUUUAAAAAUCAAUGUAUUUUAUUAUCAGUUUUUACAUUUUUAUAUGAAUAUUUAUGAAACAGCUAAAUAUUUCGGCGAAUUUGUUUUGAUUUAAAGUAUUUUUCUUCUCUGAAUAAUUCCACUUGUUUUUUUUAUUCAUAUUUUCAUUGACAGAGAGUCAGUUUGCAGCAGGUAUUAUUUUUAUAAUUUAAAUAUUUGGUUUCAUUUUUUAUAUAUAUAUAUAAAAGACAGUUGAAGCCAAAAAACACGAAAAAGAUUUCUCAACGUUCUGAAACGUGCGAGCCACGAGUCGUCAGAUGAAUAACGUUUUAUUGACAUUUCAAACUGCUUUCAGGCAGAAGCUGCUGGCUCUCACGCCGCCCCAGAGUCAAACUGAAUCAGAGAUGUUUUCAUGUAGAAAUUUUCUGAAUUAUAUCAGUAUAUAUAUGUAUGAAUGAAUAUAUAUAUAUAUAUAUCUAUGUGGACGUGCCGGUCACUCGAGUCAGGUGAGUUCAUGCGAGUCUCAGAAAUUCUAUCAGAUGAAUCUAUGCAUCUCGAAUUGGAUGUGUGCUCAGAUGUUUUAUUGUAACAUAGCGCUGUGAGAUUCUAUGGUGUAGAGACGCAGUGAUCCAUAUGCUUUUGUAUACUGACAACCUUUGUGUAUUUAGGUGAGUAGAUGGCACCGAUUUAAAAAUAAAAAUUAACCGUGACCUAUUCUGACAGAGUCGGGGGGGGGCGAGGUGUGUCCCCCCAGUUUUUGGACCAAUUCCUCUUUUUUUUUUUUUUUUGUAAUUUUGGAUCAGAAACAUGUUGCACUUUUAUAUUUUCUAAUAAAGUGCUUUUUCUGGGAAAGCCGAGGAAGAGCUCCCGUAUAUUUUAGAGAUAAAGAUUCUGUUACAUUUAACUUAUAUUCCCAGAUUGUGGCGUGUACUUUGCAAUCAAACAUGUAACUUGUUCCUUAUUAAUGUAUUAAGAGAUGAAUAAAUGUACUUAUGUGUCAGAGAUGCUUCGUCCUCCCUU